AAUCUGUCAUUUUACACCUGUCAAAUGAUCGAUGAUUUAAUUUGAAUGUAAUCAUUCGAAUGAUUACUCAAUCAUUUACUCUACAAUAAUCAACCAAAGACGAAGAUUUCAAUUGAAAUAAUUUUCCAAACAUUUCUUGAUAUAUAUUCAUUAUAGUGGACAGCAGUGUUGUGAUCAUGUCACCAGUAGCCAAAUUAAUCGAUGAUUAUUGUUUUAAAAUUGAUUUAAAUAGAACAAUAUGGCCAUCAACUAUGAGUAAAAUGAAUGAUUCAUCAAUAAUUGGACGAUUAUCUGGGAAUUUUAAUUAUAACAUGAAAAAUACAACACAGUCUAAUUGUCAACUUCGAGCUGGAUUAUAUCCAAAUGAGUUUGUCAUAAUCGAUAAUCAACAAUAUGUUUGUACAUCAAGUUAUGAAAUAUUGGCAAUGUUACUACAAUAUUGUGGCUGUAGUAUUAACUUUAUUGUAUCCGAUGAGAAUUAUGGCGGAUUUCUCACCGCAAACGGUUCAUCAUGGACUGGAAUAUUACGAUUGAUUGAUGAAAAUAAAAUCGAUUUCAUACCGCAUAUGUUAUCCAGAAACAAUGAACGUAAUGCAAUAUUGAAUAACGAAUUUCUUAUGCCACAAGAACAUUUAGUAGCAAUAUUAAGCCAGAAGCGAUAUCUAGCCGAUGAUGAUCCAUUGAAAUUGUUUCGGGCAUUUUCCAUGGAUAUUUGGUCGUUGAUUUUUGUUUCAUUCAUUUGUUUUACAUUAUCGAUAUAUGUGAUGAACAAAAUUCAACAAAAAUACAAUGAUCCCUUUGAUAACAAGCAUCAUUUUAAUCAACAAAUGACAGAAUUCCUUUUAUUGCAUAAUAUGGUCGAUGUAUUUGCAUUGUUCAUGGGACAAGAAUUUUUCAAGUGGAAAAAUUCAAUUUGUGAUCAACGUAACAAAUUGAAACAACAUAAUUGUCGACGAAGGCGACCACAACAUCAACGCCAACAUUUAUAUCCAAUAAGAAUAUUACGUAAUUCAUUAAUAUUCUGGAUUGUUUGUUCACUAAUAUUACGAUUAUUAUUUGCCACUGAUAUAUUGGCUUUAUUAGUAUCGCAAAAAGAACAAAUGAUUAAUACAUUUCAACAGCUAGGUAUUUGGCUAUGGCAGCAUAAUGAUUAUCGUAUAUUUGUUGAACAACAAUCAACGACUGGAAGAAAUUUCCGCACAAAAUUCGCCCGUUUUGAUGAUCGAUUUGUUACGAUCGAAUAUGAAGACGCAACCACAUGGCAUACAAUUGAUAAAUUAAUUAACGAUCGAUAUUUCCUUAUUGUUGAUCGUGAACGUGCCAAUUUAAUUGCAGAUUUCUAUGGGAAUCUUAAACUGCAUGUAUCAAAAGAAGGAUUGCUAUCAACCAUGUCAAAUAUUGCUAUACGAAAAAAUUUGAAUGAACCUGGUAAAACACAUUUGCUUGAAGUGUCGAAAAAAAUUUUCCAUUAUGGUAUAUGGAAAUUAAGUAUGGGUAAACUUAUUCGUUAUAAUUGGCUGAAAAACGAAAUUAAACGAUUAAAAUAUCAAGAGUUUAAAAUUUCAAAUAAUACAAAUCUUUAUAGCCAAGAGAAAUCUGAAUUACGAUUCAAACGAAAUCAACUUAAUAAUGAAUCGAAAACUCGUACAUCGAAUGCAACGAAUGCAUCAUCAUUGAUCCAUCUUUAUCUAUUGGCUAUCGCAAUAUCAUUGAUUAUAUUUUUUCUGGAACAAUUACACUAUAUAUUGAAAAGGAAAAAUAAAAAAUAG